UUCUUUCAUUCCGCAACGUUAGGUGAAUGGAACGCGGAUUGUGAAAACAUGGUUGCCUUUUGUGUUAUUUGACGUAAAUAUUGUGCGAAAAUAAUAUUUUCUGUUUACGAGUGUUUAGUGAUUAAUAAGUUUUAUGAUGUGUGUGUCCCUACUGUGAUCUGUUCAUAUGAGGCUGCUAUACAAAACUGGUCCGAUGGAGUCGCUCAGAAAAUGGUUUUACAAACCAAAGAGGGACGACCAUUCACUCCUCGCGCAGUUCUUUUUCGCGGACGAUGCUCUGAACAUGGUCGCCGCAGAGCUAGACUCCUUCGACGGAAGGAAGGACCCAGACAGAUGCUCAACCCUCGUCAAUCAGCUACGACAUGCACAGGAUCGCGUCUUGAACAUCACUAGUCAGAUCAUGGAUCAAGUUCUGGGCGACGAAAGGGUGGCGCGCGGCUUCCGAGUCAAGUUCCCAGAGGACGUUCUGCAAGACAACUUAGCUGGGCAGCUUUGGUUUGGCGCUGAGUGUCUCGCCGCUGGUUCGUCAAUAAUGAAUCGCGAAGAAGAAUCGGCAUCGAUGCGCCCCCUAGCCAAAGCUUUGACGCGGAGCUUAGAGACCGUGAGGUCUUUGCUGCGAGAGCAGUGCCUUCGUCCCCGAGGACUGGCUUUGUCGCAGCACGAUGACAUGCUCCACGAAAGCCUGAGAAUUUUUGAUCGUUUGUUUGCUGAAUUCGAACUAUGCUAUGUCAGCGCUAUGGUGAACGUCAAAACCCCCCAAGAGUUCGAAGCGCAGCAGCUGAUUUGCGUCCUGUUCUCGGAGAGCCUUCGUCGCGCCCUCAAACAGAACUUAUUAGCUCAAGAGCAGGUGGAUUCUUACGAUCCGGCACUGAUGUUCGCAGUUCCGCGUUUGGCAAUCGUUAGCGGCUUGCUCAUAUACUCAAGUGGGCCACUGAGCAUUAACAAACCGCCAGAAGAGAUGUCCGUGAUGUUCCGUCCGUUCCGUACUCUGCUGAACAAGAUAAGGUCGUUGCUGUGGACCUUGGACCGCCGCGAGCUGUUGGCCCUCGAGCGGUUGCUCUGCACCAACGAGGACAUAACCAAUCUGGCCGCGCUUGGUCUACCGUCGCCUCUGAAUUCAGACACACCCGAAGACUCAUCGUGUCCGUACCCCGAUAUCGAAGAGUUUGUUUCAAGAUUUUACACUGACUACGCUCACUGCCGCGACCUCUACGCGCAAAGUUCAAGCGAACCCACGAUAACGGACGCCGACUAUCUACCCGACAACAUAGAAGUGAUGACACCGAUUAUCGACGGACUUCGUCGCCUGACCGAGUUCGCGGACACCCACGACGAGUCGUCGGACCACGAGAAGCCUCGACAUUCUAUCGACACGGCCAGCACUGACACAUUCCAAACCGACUACAUCGAUAGAUCUAGAAAGACCAGCAAAACGGAGAACAGCGACCUGUCCUCGCUCAGGAACCUAUCGACGAACGGGCUCAUGAUGUUCGAUCCUCUGGUGAUCAACGCGGCCGCUUCCACGUCCAAUGACGUCAAUCGACAACUACCCGAUCACGAUUUGGUGACGUCACUCAACGAGCAAGUCACCGAAAUAGCCGACAGACUGUCGUCUAUAGCCGCUAGUGACGUGGACAUUGUCGAUCAAAUGCAUUCCUUCUCGACGAACGACGUUACCGGUCUGAUAUCGGUCGACGAGCAAGCGUACGGGUAUUCGGGACCCAGGAACGAGCAGCUGAGCUGUAUGCCGUCGACGAGCCACGGGUAUCUCAUACCCAACGCGAUCAGCCACGAGCCGGCGGUCAUGUCGUCGCUGUCCCACAACAACUCGGCGGUCUUCAAUGACGAAACAAGCGAAGCAAACGACCCGCUGAACACUGAUCUCCCGUUAAUAAUUCCAGAGAACAUUGACGCCGAUAUCGUUAAUACUAAUAUUUGUAAAGCGAACGCUAACCUAAGUAUGUUACUAACAGAAGAGUUUAGACAGGACGAAAGCGCCGACGACAGUACUAGCUUUCAUUCAGCCAAAAUGACUUUAGAUACAGAAGACGAUAGAGUUAAGUUUAUGUUGGGUUACGAAAGCGAACACGAGUCGCCGGUUGAUUCGGGAGUCAGCACAGAGAACACUAGUCUAGACAGAUCACCGGAUUCGGAUCAGAGUAAAGAAAUCAAGGGUAGCCUCCAGAACCGGGUCCUGAUACCCGAAGAAAGUUCCUUCGACACUGUUAAUAUUAAUUACGCCGAAGAAGAAGGGCAGAAGAACGAAGCCUGCUCUUCGAAUAUCGACGUUAGGUUAAGCGAUGAGAGUUCAGACUCGAUUGAAGAGAGGCGAGUUUUACAAGAAUGGGGAGCGAACGCUUCCGAAGUAGAAUAUAGUACAAUAGAAGAAGUAAUCACAGAACUGAGAAGACACAGGGAGAGCGAUAAGAAAAUUAGUUCUUUAUUUGAAAACGAAGGACCAUCACAGAGUAGUUCUAGAGUUAGAAAGAGUAGGAGUUCAGGGAAGAAGAGUAAAGGGAAGAUUUGGACGUCCGGUGCUGUUAGGCUGAAUAAUCGCUCCAACCAGAGCCAGAGUCCCUUAAGACUGAAUUUAGACCAUUUCGUUGAUGAGAGUGGCACAUCCUGCGCUGGUUCGGAAUGCGCUGAUGAUGAACAGAUAGCUCUCGCGUUGCAGACUCAGGAGUUGGCGGCUCGACAACAAGCAAGGGGGAAAUUCAAAUCGAGCGAAGAUCUAAUACACCGUUUGUUCGUGUGCAUCGCGGGGGUCGCGGAUCAGCUGCAGACGAACUUCGCGGCCGACCUCAGGAACAUCCUGAAGUCCGUCUUCCUGAUGAACCAGUCGCCGGACACGACGGAGACGCCCGAACCUCCCGAGAAGAGCGACGAGAAAUCGCCCACCAUCGAAUACGAACUGUCUGAGGACCAAGUUAUACAGAAUCACAGUUCGUUCGAUAGUGUGUACUCAGCGGAGGAAGUGUACGCGGACAGUACAUCCGAUUCGACGCAGUCCGAUAGCAGUUCGAGAAUGAUCCAACGCGAGACCGUGAGCGGCACCGCGGCGGAUCCAGCUGGGGAAACGAGAAGGAAGUCCAUGGACAACGUCAAUUUGCAGGCCUCCGUAUCUACUGGUGAUUUGACGUACAGGGAAGAACGCCGUCCCACUGCGAGCGUGGCUAGCGAAGCGAACGCCAGCGUGGAGCGAGCUCCGGAGUGGGUGCCGGACAUAGCGGCGCCAGCCUGCAUGCGGUGCGACGCGCACUUUACCGCUUUUAGAAGAAGACAUCACUGUAGGAACUGUGGUAAAGUGUUCUGCGCGUCGUGUAGUUCUAACUCGAUACCGUUACCUCGCUACGGACAGCUGAAGCCGGUGCGCGUCUGCGAGGAGUGCUUCAGGAGUAUAGCUACGACUUGCCGCCGUGCGCAGACAGCGAACCAGAAUCAUCGGUGAAACUUAGUCUUUGCUGUACCAUUUAUUUUGUAACUUCUUUCAAUAGUGCUAAAAUUUUGAUUUCAGCGCCACCUAUUGAGCGUUUUCAGUAAUUAAUUCACUCUACAAGCGAUGUUGUCAACAGCUUUUUUCCUGUAUCACUACGAUGUAAGUGACGUAAUUUUGUCCUUAAGAUUACUAAUAUCGGACGCGUGUUCGUAUUUAAUUCACCCGGAAUCGCAUUCUCACAUGCUUGUUGAACUAAAAAAAAGAAACAUGACGUUUUUAAGUUUUGUUGCUGAGAUAAUAAAAUACCGGCUGUAUUGGAGCAGUUCCUUGUGCCCAAAGGAGAAGAAACUGGUUAAAAUUGCCGUAAUAACUAUUCAGAUUCCAAAUAGAGCAGAAAUACUAGCGGUAUUCAUAAGAAGCUUUAGAAGUCCUUGUAUAAGAAUAAUGUCCAAAAAUGUCGAUCAGAUAGUCUAGUUUAUUUCUUAUAUGAACUAUCAAUUGCCGAUAUCGCUACCUCUUCCUGACAAUUAACAAAAAAACGAAAAAAAAGCAGUCCAAUCUGUCGUACCGUACUCUAAGUAACGCAUCGUCAUCCAACUGGCGAUCGAUUUUAUAAAUACACUUAACAGUCUUGUUAUACCGGGUCUAUAAAGCUCUGAUAAUCACCUUGUAUUCUGUGGAAAAUAUAUGUAUUUUUUUUAUUAUGGCUCCUGAGCUCCCCCAAAAUGCCGUACAUUUUUAGUUACAAAAAAAUAAUGCCGCACGUGACUUUUAUUAUCAGAAUACUGUGUUUUAGUGCACGUCGCCUUGACUUUGUUUUCCGGAAUUGUUUCGACACACCCUGUAUAUGCACUCACGACUAGUGACGCGUUAUCGAUACUCUAAUUUACGUACUUUACAAUGGAAUAUCGAUUAAUCUCGUCGAUCGAGCCUAGAGCUGUCCAAACAAUUAUGUUCAUCGUUCGAUUUUAAUUAUGAUUAUUCACCUAAGUCGAUGUAAUGUUCCCGUUAAGUCUAAAAAAUAUACAGUACAUACAAAGCCAGACUGACGACUUAUACAGUUGCAUGUAAAACUCGCAUUGAGAUGUUGGCGUGCUGAAUAAUAUUCGUUCGUUGAAAAAUAACGAACGCUCUAUAACUUCGAGGUAAUAGUUUCGAAACUUUCAGUGUAUUGCCGUAAUAGUAGGGUCCUAUUUUUAACUUACUCAAAAAAAUAAAUCUAAAUUUAAUUAUAGCGCCAUCUUUUGGUGUUUCCGUGAAUGAUUUUAAUAUUAACAUUUACAUAUUUUUGUACUCGACUGCGAUUAUGAUUAAGUUACUACAGUAGAUUGGGGGGAAUAGGGAAACAUCUGGGAUGUCACAAUACUUUUGUUGAGCUGUUAGAUUUAACUUUGUUGAACUGAAAAUGACUUUUAUUUAGAGUUUAAGAAUAUUAAAUAGCUUAAUUUAGUCAUCAAAGUUUUGUAACUCAUUAAAUAUAUUAAAAAGUUAAUUACCUAAAAUUAGGUACCUACCUAACAAAUAAAUAGUGCCAACCCUAUCGAAAAACUACCCGAUUAAGCGACCCGAUUCACCCCCAACGCUUGUGUGAAUAGGGACAAGUGAGUUUUUGUAACUUUUUAUGACUAUUCUAUAAUAAACUAUAUCUUAAUGCAUUAUAAAUGAAAAUUUAAACUACCGGAACCAUUAUGAUCUCCGUUUUAUUACUAUAAUAAUAACUACAAAAAAAAAAAACGAUAAAAAAUCAAUGUCGAACUUAGUGUCCCGAUUUCCCCCAUCUUACGGUACUUGCUUUGGAUUUUUACAUAACAAAGAGGUUAUUAUUCUUUGUAAAUUAGUUUAAAAAAUUAUUGUUUUUUUUCUCAUCCAACAAAAUAAUAUGUGUAUGAUUCCAAUUAAAAAAAAAUUACGUUUAUUACAGAACGUUACAAGAAAAUGACGGAAUAAUAUAUCUUAAUAUAAUUCAUAAUAUAUCAUAUCAGAUCAAUCACGGCAUAAAACUAAUCGUGCGUUAUUUUACAAUAAUUGGAAAACAGCUCACAUGGCUGCAAGUUAAAAGGCUUCAAUUUGUCUUCGCAUAGGCCAUAUCAUCAAUUUUCAUGUAACAUGUCCUAAAAAAAAGCCUUUAGCCACGGGAACAGCUAUCGUCAAGCGCGCCGAGAACUUGCCAGCGAGCGGUUUCAAUAAAAUUUUAUGAAAUUUCGUAAUAUCCCCAUCGAUCGAUGAUACACCACUUUGACAAUUAAAAUUUUAAUGUAUACAUGAUUUAUGACUCUGGUUUAAAGCUAAUUAAUUUGUUUUGUGUUAGUUUUUGUCUCUACUAAAACUAUUUCGUCCUUCACACAUCGUCGACUGAUAUUGAAAGGGUGAUUUGAAAACUAAAUAACAAAAAAUCUGUUUCCUUUAAAAAGAUAGCUCUCUAAAAUUGCCUGUUUAUUCAUUAAAACUCAGAAAUUUUUGUUCAAUCAGAAAAAAAAAUUGCGCUUCAUUUAUGAUUACCGAGUGUGCUCCGAUUUUCAAUAAUCUAAGUAAGCGCUAGUAAGUAAUUUGUAAGUACGUUUUUUUUUUGUUGCAUUAAAUAAACAAAUACAUUUUAAAAAUGAUAAUAAAUAAAUGAUUAUCGCGCCGUUAUGCUUGUGAAAAAUUACAAUAGAUAUCUUGUUAUUGACAUAAAACAAAUAUUAAUAUAAAAUAUAUCUAGUACCGUAAAAAUAGACCCCCAAUAAUAAAAUCAAGAAUAAAAGUUAAAUAUACGAGACACAUCUAUUUUUUUAAAUAUUAACUUUGUAAUAUUAUUACCUACGUCUUUUUAUGAUAAACAUUGUUUACUCACGAAUUACAUAUUAUAUUAACGAAACAAAAAAAAUAUAUUUUCAUAAGAGAAAGUGUUGUCGAUAUAAAGUAAUGAUAAAAUAAUAAGUUUUUUUUUUUUUUUAAAAAGAUUCCAUAAUUUUUUUAUACUCUUUUAAGGUGUUAGAUUUUUUUUUUGUAAAAUAUUUUUUAAGUGAACUACUGUACUGUUAAAAAAAAUAACGUCGUAUGUAAAUUUUGUAAAGGUUGAAUAUUUAGUGUAUAAAUUGUUGUGAUGUUGAUGUUUAAAAAAUAUAUAUUCUUGCUCACUGUCCAGAUUCAUUGCGAUGGAUCACGCACUUGUGGAGUACAACGAUUCUCACUAAUGUAGAUUCGCAGGAACUUUUUUUUUUUAUAAUAAAAUAUGAAAGUGUUAUUUUGCAAUUUAAAAAACGACCUUAAUUCAAGAAUAUGUAUGUGGAGAAAAGCGAGUUCUAAAACGGGCGACAUAAAGUUUAUUUUUCAUAUCAACAUCAAAACAAAGUAAUUUUAAGUAUGAUAGUAACGGUUAGCUGUUUUUUUUUUAAUUUGUAUAAAAAUAAGUAUGGACACACACCAUUAAAAAUAUUUUUCAAAUAUUUGUUAUAAGAUAAAUAAAUAUAUAUGUAUAUGAUAUUGUUACAUUACAAAAACAAAUAAAAAAGAACUUUGUAAAUAAAUUCGUAUAUAGAUCGA